CAUACGGUUUUAAACAAUUGAUUAAUUAUAACAUGUAAAUUAUAAAAUUAUUGUAUUUGAAAUAGUUAUAUAAAUAUUUAAGUAUAUGAUUAACGUUAAAAUAUAUAUACUACUAAUGUUUAAAAACAAUAAUUUAUGUAUAGAAAAGUAAAAACAAACACCCGCUCGGUUGCGCGGAUCAAAAUCUAGUUAAUAGUUUAAAUAGACUGCUAAAACAUAUAACUAGAUGGUAAAAAUAAGGUGCUUAUUUAUAGUUUAAAUAACAAAUACUGUCUGUUUCAAAUAUAUAAUUUUUUUUGAAAAAAAAUAGAAAUGUUCUAAUAGUCUGGUUUAUGGUAUAGUUUAUCGUAUUUUAAACUUAAUUUUGUAUUAUUUCAAAAGGAAAUAUAUAGUUUAAAAAUCUGUAAUUUUUAAGCUUUUAUAAAUUUAGAUAUAUUAUUUUAAAUUUAAUAUGUUAUUUUAUUUAUCACCAGUUUUUACUAUUUAAACUUUUAAUAUCAAAUAUAAAUAGUUAACUUAAUUAGUCUCCUUUGUUAUUAUCUUCUAUCAUUUGUAAUUAUUUUCUAAUCGUUUUAAUCCAACCGUCAAAACUCUCAUAAGCGUCUUAUUUUCAAAGCUAGAUUUAAAAAAUAAAUAAAUUUUUUGGUGUUAAUGCAUGUCAGGUUUUAUAGAUAAGUUAUUGAAAGUUGUCUAAUAAAAUGACAAAGUAAUUUUAUUAAAAUAUAAAAGGCUAAAGUAAAAUUAAGAUGAAAUUGGUAUCGUUUUUGUUGAAACUAUCAAUAUGUCACGUUUACCACGCUAAAUGAUCCAAAUAUUUUUGUUGUAAUAAAAUACUAGUUCGGAUAUUACAAAUUUUAGAUGUCCAUUAAUGUAAAGGAACCGAAUUGAAAUAAACUAAUGAAAGAUACUUGGCAAAGCAUCACAUUUUGAGACAGGAUUUGACUCAUUGUUCGUAUCUCCAUUAACAUUUUGAAAACUCUUGUCAAAUAUUUAUUUAUAUUAUCUACCAUAUAUAUAAUUUUCUCAUAUAUAUGUUUCUUAUUGUCUGAUCAAAUCUCCACUUUUAUUUAGAAUCUUGGAACAACUAUGGUCCUCUUUUUCUUUUAAGCCAAAAGGCCAACUUCAGCCCACCUUAAAAUGUGGAUAACUGUGAUAAGAAAUUAUGUUGAUUUGGGUGAAACUCUUAAAGUUAAAUAAUUUCAUAAAAAAAUUAUCAAUAAGGGUAAUUUAAAUUAAUUGUUCUCAUAUUUGUAGUUUUAUUAUUUUUGUUACCGAUGUGCGCAGAUUUACAUGAAACAUUUCCAAACUUUAAAUGAGAAUAAUAAGAUAAAUUUUGUAACAUUGUAUUGUACUGCGUUGUUGUUAUGUUACUUACUAAUCGAAUUUAAGUCUGAAGGAUGUUAACUAAUAUAAAUAAAAUAAUAAAUGCAAAGUAGCGUAUUUAUUACAAACUACGUCAUUCACUCAUUAAGCUAUGUCAUCCACAGAAAGUAAAACUAAAAUCAAUCAAAUUCAAACGUGCGUGUUAGUCAUAUAGGUUCACUUUAUUGUCUGAUUAAAUCCCUAAAUAUUAAACCCUAAAAUUUAUUACCUAACCUUUGCACUCAAAUAAAAGUAGCUUGCAUAUUGGAUUAUCCACGGUGUAUACCAAAAUAUAAAAUAUGCAUUAUUACGAUAUAAUUUAUUAUUUAUAUUUUUAAAAUAGUUUUGAAUUUUAAUAUAUCUAAAUUAAUCAUUCAGUUAUAAAUAAGGGUAUAUUAGUUAUUUUAAAUUUUGAUGCAUGUUAUUUUGCAAAUUUUUAUCUUGUUUACUAUUUUUUGUAAACAUUUAUUUUUAUGCUAUUUGAAGAUACAAUUAAUUAAGAUAUUAAUUUCUGUAAUUUAAUUGUUAUUUAUAAAUAUAUGUUCUUUAAAACCAAAAUUUUCUCGAUUUAAAGUUUUAAACUGAUUCAACCAAUAACAAGUGCAGAAUAUUAAAAAUAAAUUUUUAUGUUUACCACCACUAAAAAGACAUUUUUAAAAAUACAUUCUUUAUUGUAGAAGCACCGUGGCCUAAUGGUCAAUGUUUAAAAGCUUUUACACCCAGGUCUGGGGUUCAAACCCCAGACAACGCAAUUUCUACAGAAAGAGAUCUGGGUUUCAGUUUUCGGAGAAGACGAAUUAUGCAGAAGAUUAGAAAAAAUACUUACAAGAGAUCUUCAGCAUGGUGCAAGGAGUACCGUCAGGAAUGGAUCUCAUAGGGCUACUCAGGGUGAUGCAGUCUGGCGUGAAUCCUCAUAAGGCAGGUAGAAUUGUCGGCUGUAAUAUCGUCUAUUUAAUGUUUCUCAUAAUUUGUAAUAUCAUAAUCAACCAGACAAAAAAAAAAUACAUUCUUCAUUAAGUGACAAAGACUUUCAUAUCAUUGUUCUAUAUAUAUAUAUAUAAUUAUUAUUAUUAUUUAAAUAAUUAAAAAAAAUAUGUUUUUGAAUUAUACUUUUUCAAAUUCAAACUUUUUUAUAUAUUUUUGAUUUUUUCAAAUUUUUAUUUUUGAAAAUCUAAAAUUAUUUUUGAAACUAUUUUUUAAAAAUUAUAUUUUUAACUAUUUAUUUUUAUAUUUAUUAGAAUCCUAAAUUUCACAUUCCAAAAACCUUAUUUCACCCCUCAACUUUAAACUAUAAGACUAUAUUAGUUAACCCUAAGAUUAUAAAUAUCUUUUAACAUUCAUUAAAAAUGGGGGUAAAAAUGGUUAGUGCAAACAUAAAAAGUAAUACUAUGAAUGUGAUAUUUUAGCAAUCUUCCAAUAUUAAAAGAGAUAAGAAAAUAUAUUAGAGAUAGCGAUACACAAAUAGAGAGUAGAAAAUAUUUUUCAUACCCUUUUUGUAAACUUUUUUGUACGGAUUUUCUCUCGCCCAGCUUUGUCUUACGGUUUUGCUGAUUGAUAAAAAACAAUAAUUAUAUACGUAUAGUGAAUUUAACAUAUAAUUUGGGCGUAUAAUGAAUACCAUAGAUGGCAAGGGAUUACCUAGCAAAACCAUUAUUAUAACCUUUAUGCUUUUAACCAAGUUGUUUCUAUUUUAAUAGAUUAGAUUUGGUGCAUGGGGUCACGUCGCGAUGAUGGAAGCUACGGGAGUUUCCAUUAAAUAAUCAUCUCUCUCUCCUUCUGGUCAUGAAUAGUCGAAAGAACAAUGAUAAAAAGCAAAGUUCAAAGCACAAUGAGAUUAGCUAAAACUUAAAAGAUAAAUGCGAAUACGAUUCUGCGCAUUACUUGAGUCAUGAUAUUUUUAGUCACAAGUCACGAUAUAUAGUCACAGCCUCAUCAAACCUUUAUUUCAUUGCAACUUCUAAAAACUACAUAAAGACAAGUAUCUACAUAUAUCUAUAUAUAUAUAUAGACGCACACAUAUACCGAUACAUAUAUAAUUAAUUAUGGUGAAGUUUGAUGCGAAACUAUGGAAAGCUGUGUUUCUGAUGUCGUUUAUCAACAUUAUGCUAAGCGUCGUGAACGUUAUGUUUAAGAAGAUGCUUAACCAAGGAAUUAACCGUAUGGUCGCCACCACUUACCGACUUGCCGCAGGAACUCUGUUCUUAACACCGUUUGCGAUUUUCUUGGAAAGACAUAACAGGCCAAAACUCACGGGUAGGAUCUUGUGUUCACUUUUCUUUAGCGCUCUUCUAGGGACGAGCUUGGUGCAAUACUUCUUUCUUAUAGGGCUACAAAAUACUUCUUCCACUUUCGCUUUAGCGUUUAGCAAUAUGGUUCCAUCGGUCACUUUUGCUUUGGCUCUCGUCUUUAGGCAAGAGACGUUGAACAUCAAGAGCAACAUAGGACGAGCCAAAGUGUUAGGCACAAUGAUAUGCAUAUGUGGAGCUUUGGUGCUUACGCUUUAUAAAGGAACCGCACUAACUCAACAAAACGCUCAAAUGCAAACACAAACAUCAAAUAGUUUGCCUACUGCGGUAACACAAAAGUGGGCAAUGGGUUCGUUCAUGCUGAUCAUAUCAAUCUUAGUAUGGUCAUCAUGGUUUAUCAUUCAAGCUAAAAUAUGCCAGAUAUAUCCGUGCCAAUACACGAGCACCACUAUCCUCUCUUUUUUUGGUGUGAUCCAAUCUGCUUUGUUGAGUUUGAUCUCGGAGAGGAGCAUAUCCAUGUGGGUCGUUACAGAGAAAUUUCAAGUUUUAGCUUUACUUUAUUCGGGUAUUGUGGGAUCGGGAUUGUGCUACGUGGGAAUAUCGUGGUGUCUCCAGCAAAGAGGUCCGGUUUUCACGUCUAGCUUCAUCCCUUUGAUUCAAGUCUUUGCUGCCAUUUUCAGCUUCUUUUUUCUUCAUGAGCAAAUUUACUGCGGAAGUGUGAUAGGGUCAAUGGUCAUCAUCGUGGGACUUUAUAUACUUUUAUGGGGCAAAAGCAAGGAAAAUCCUGCCCCAGUGACCAAACAAGCACCAUUAAAUCUCGAUCUUGAAGGUUGUGGGACUGCUCCAAAUGAACCUAAUAGUACUGCCCAACCAAUCUCUGGAAAAUAAUUACUUUAAAAUAUAUUCAUUGUCAAUGAAUUGUAAGACUUGAGUAUAAUAGAAAAUCUUAUUAAAGAAAAUGUAACACUAACUGUAUAAUAGAAGGUUUAUACAAGAAAAACCUUAGUAUGUAAAAAA